UCCUCCAUCAACCUGCGGCUCAUCCCGCUUUUCCAUUGGCUUUUUAUUCCACUGACAGGCGGCUAUUCCUGAACUCGCUUUAAUCGCAUCUAUUUCGCGAAUCCCGCGAUACGAUCGGAAGCGACAGAGUUAAUUUCAAUCAUUUCCACACGCAGACGUCUAUUUAGCUCGGAAUUAGACCGUGGUUUAUUGGUAGACAGUCGGUUGCGCUCUAAUUCAAUCAGCAGAGAUCGUGCGGGAGGUGGGGCCACCGAGCAAAACAGCGCGCACCACAACAUUAUUUUCCUGUAAGUGCAUCCAAAAAACAUGAGUGAUUCAGAGAAACAAACAGUCUCCUUUAAAGACAAGGAUGGAGCUCAGAAAAGGGGACGAGGAAGACCAAGGAAACAUCCAAAGGAAUUGAGUGGGUCGCCUACUGCGAAAAGACCAAGAGGACGGCCAAAAGGCAGCAAAAACAAAGGCCCAUCCAAGAGGAAAUCCUCGGCUUCUGCCAGCAAACCUAAGGGCAAACCGAAGAAAGAGGAAAAGGAAAAACCUCAAGACUCAUCUGAGGACGCCGAGGAAGAUGACGAGGAGGAGCAGUAACAAUCUAACUGGAGCACUACCUCAUACUCAACCAAACAAACCAACCGUCUGCUCUCCAACCCGUGAAUAACAUGAAAUGUCAUUCACAUCUUUCUACAGCCACAAAAGGACAGUAAUAGAUGUAAUGUUCUGCAUAACACAUGACUUUUAUGUCAUUAGAUUCAAUAUACUGUAGAAUCUCACUGCAUACAAAUGUCACGUGUUUCCAGUUACUUUUAUUAUAUAUCUAUUGGACUGAGGUGCUUUUCUACUUAUGCUUGGUUUGUAGUUCUGUUUAGUAUGUUUUGUGUCCAUGUUGUAGACUAGAUUUAGAUCAAGCUAUAAUUUAAUGUGUAACAUCAUGGGCUUUAAUAGUUCUCAUAGAAUGCAUUCAUUCUGAAUGUAGCUGUUUACAGUUUACCAAUUAACAGUUUACCUAGCUUUUUGUUAGUGUAUAUUACUGUGUAAACAUCAGUGAAAAUUAGUUUCGAGGCAGGUUCUUAUAUUUUGUAAUCAAAUAUAAGUUACCCAGGCCUGGUUUGAGGGAGCACGUAGAUUUAGCUUAAAGGAAUAGUUCAGCCAAAAAUGCUAAUUUGUUGAACGUGUACUCACCCUCAGGACACCCAGGAUGUAAAUGAGUUUGUUUUUUCAUCAAAACAGAUUUGGAGAAAUGUAAGAUUACAGCAGUUGCUCACAGAGGAUCCUCUGCAGUGAAUGGGUGCCGUCAGAAUGAGAGUCUGAUUAGAAACAUCACAGUAAUCUUGUGAAGCUAAAAGUUGCUUCUUUGUCAAAACAAGUCCAUCAUUAGAACGGUUUGAACUUUUGAACUCUUGCUUUUUGCCAAAAUAUGAGUCCAUCAUUCAUAAUAUUGCUUCUUCAAUUGAAAAAGUAAUCUCGUCUGAAUCAGGAGAGAAAUAUGCACAGAUCAAACACCACUUACAACAACAACAAAAUAUCCGAGAAACUAUUUUAAACAAACAUGUGGGUUGAUUUUGGUGUGAGGGGACAAUACGGGGACUCUCAUUCUGACGGCACCCAUUCACUGCAGAUGAUCCAUUGGUGAGCAAGUGACGUAAUGCUAAACUUCUCCAAAUCUAUUCUGAGAAACAAGAAUCAGACUAAUGGGAUGGCCUGAGAAUGAGUACAUUUUCAGCAAAUAUUCAUUUUUGGAUGGAUUAUUACUUCAGCAGCAGCUUAUGUGAUGUUUUCCACUAGAAUCCCCAGGAAUCAGCAUUGAGGAUAAUAACAAAGGUUCAUUUUUGGAUGUAUAAUUCUGUGUUUGUUUGUCACUACUGACGUUUCUGGAAGCAUUGUUCAGUUUUAAAGCAAUCACCAACACCGACCUUGCAGGUACAAAUGCACUUUGAAACCAAUUGGCAGAAAACAGUCUUUGCUGAUGUAUUGUGUUAGAAGACAUUCCAGUUAAAACGAUUGGUGUUUUGGAACUACAUGAUGCCACUUAUUGUACUAAUUCCUAAUGGGGAAUGAAUCUGAUACAGCACUUUGUGUUUCUUACACAGUUAAAAAGAGAUUUAAUGAUAAAAAAAAAACAUAACAGUGAAGAAAGAAAUUACACAUCAAUUUAAAUAAUUCCCUUAUAUGCUUGGCUUAUAGAAGUGGUUCUCAGGUGGUUUUGCUUCAGGACGCCAUCAAGUGGUGACUCAAGAUAUCAAAAAGUAAAAAAAAAAAAAAAGAAAAAAUCGGUUAUUUAAAUGUAUUAAUAUUACCAAUAAUGCAUAACAUUCACAAACCACCUACUGACAGCAUUUCCUCAAAGGACUGUUUGCAUUACAGGUAUCAGCUCAAGGUUCUCCACACCCAAGUGCUUUUGGAAUAUUUAUUUAAAAAUGAUUUAUUUUAAUCAUCUAGCUGUGUACAUGACAGAUCACAACAAUGACAUUAGGCUAUGCUUCUCAAGGAUUCAGAUUUAUUCUCUUCAGGGUCCCUAAAAAUGUAAUGAUACACUCCAUUGAAAUAGAUAUAUUGAGCAGAAGUGCAAUCUAAAUUAUAGCCUAUAUUAAUCCACCUUUGGACUGCAUUUGAUGCAUUCAAGUACUCGUCUCAUAACUUCUGAAAUAUUCACCUCAGGUAUUUUCGGUGUCAUGAACAAACAGCAAAAGCCCAAGACAACGUCAAUCCCCUCAGCAGUAGAAACACCCUUUAUUCUGCAGUGAUUGUCCGUGUACAAGUGAAUAGCCUACAUAGGCAUAUGGUGUGUUUUAUUAAUACAAUAUUAGAGUUAUAAAAUGUGCAUUAGAUUUAUAGACUUUAUUAGUAUGUAUAGUGUAUGUUGAUCUUAAUAAAAAAAAUACUUUUGCAAA